GUGGUCAUGAUACGCUGUUAAUAUUUCAAUUUACUAAGAAAAGUUUGGUGAUUUAUACGUACUUAUAUUUUAUUAAAUAAUUAUGAAGCUAGAAUCAUUUGCUCUUAAAAAAUUCCUUUGUAAAUUCAAUUUGAAAACAGGUGCUUAUUGCGUUGCUAUAUUUUAUACGAUAGUCCUAAUCGUCGUACUGAUAGCUGCUAUAGCGGAACUGAUUGCGAUUGGGAAGUAUGACGCUACCUACAGAUACCCGUGGAACCGUCCGCACGCGUACACAAUAUGUGCGGUUCUGUUCACCGCUACAUGUCUGCUUGUUAACACCUUGUUUUUGAUCGGGCUUCGGAGGGGUAAAUCGACGUUGGCGCUAAGCUGGCUGGUCCUGUCGACAGUGUGGGUGCUCCUCAACAUACUGCUGCUCAUCAUCAUCAGCUGCACGCACCGGGUGGCAAUGUCACUAGCUUGCGUGAUCCUGGCUUCCAUAUUCAGUGUCGUGUAUAUUGUUCUGCUGCUCUACGGACUCCUCAUUGGCUUCAGCUACUGGGUUGCGUUGAAGAAUUCUCGCCGAAUAAUUCCACAACAAAUAUAAUUUCAUAACAUUUCAUUUCAUGUAAAAUUUUACUUAUUAUUAUUAAAUUCUUUAUUGCACAUAAAUUAAUUUGUA